AUGGACGAUACAGCUCUCUUGGAUAGGAUUCUCGAGGCGUUACAGGAUCAAAGGCGGAAAAUAACCUGUUUGGAAAACGAGGUUAGGGGACGCGAUCUGCGUUCCCCGGAAUCACAGCCACAAGAAGAGUCGACGGCUCCCGAGAGCCGGGGCAUCGAACCAGAGGCCCUAUUCUCUUCAUCGCCAAGCCCGGUGGAUCGUGCGGUCAUUUUUGCGUCUGCGGAUGCUGAGCAAGACAGCGAACCAUCGCUUAUUAGCCAGCUUUUCCACACCCAGCGUGACUCGACUGAAAACUUGUCCUGGGACCAGACCAUGCUGGAUUUCGCCAAAUCUACUGUUCGAGCUGGCCUACCAGACAACUUGCGUACACAGCUGUUGUCGAAAUUUGAGGUUAAGGAAGUUUUGUCACCGUUAGGUCCUCCUAAGCUUAAUAAGCUUCUGCUACCAGUACUGAAGGCCUCUUCGACGGUAGCGAAGAGGGACGAGUAUCAAUCUCUGGCUCAAUCACAGGUAGCGGCUGUUCUCAACGCCUUGGGCAUGGGCCUCUCCUAUCUCACAAAGCCCGAGGUAUCAUCUUUAUUGCCAGAGGAGGCAAAGGUGGCGCUCAGUCAAAUUGCUGAGGCCAUGCAAUUAUUAGCAGACCACCAAUAUAAAUUAUCUCUGGCCAGACGAGCUUUCAUAAAACCGGCUUUAAAUUUACUGGGUAAGUCGACAGCGGAUCUGGCGCCAAUAGAUGAGUGGCUUUUCGGCGCUUCUUUUGUGGAUGAGGUUAAGGACGCGCAGGCCUGCGAAAAAGUGGCUCGAGUCCUUACCAGAGCUCCCGCAGCAACUACUAAGGUAACCUCUCAGCCGGUGAGAAAGGCCCAAGCAGCACGAAGGCAACUUUCGUCGGGAAAUGCGAAAGCCCCUGCCCCAUUAACAUCGGAUUCUGAGAUUCUGAGCGCCAUUCGAGGAUAUCAGAUCCCUUUCAAUUCGAGGCCACCUCCGCGCUCUCAGCUCAGAGAACCAGUUUUUGCUACAGCGACGUCUACCUACUGUACGGCGGAAAUACAGAGAUUAUUGGAUAAAGGAGCCAUCUAUCCGGUACAACCAUCGUCGGAUCAGUUUCUUUCUUCUUUCUUUUUGAUGGAGAAAGCUUCUGGUGGCAUGCGGUUUAUCCUCAAUUUAAAAGAUCUCAAUACUUAUAUCAAUCCCCCGCAUUUUAAGUUAGAGGAUUGGCGGACAGUAGUGCGUUUAUUGCUACCGGACGUCGAGAUGGCUACCCUUGAUCUUGAAGACGCUUAUUUAUCCGUAUUAAUUCAUCCUUAUUACAGAAAAUAUUUGAGAUUCAAAUGGCAAGGUAUCACUUAUGAAUUUGGUGCUCUUCCAUUUGGCUUAGCCACGGCACCGUAUAUUUUUACCAAGAUUCUACGCCCAGUGGUUACGUCUCUUCGGGCCAAAGGCUACGAGUCCGUAUUGUACCUGGACGAUUUUCUACUUUUAGCUCACUCGAAAGAGGCCUGUCGUCGGAAUGUCCAGGUUCACAUUAACAUCCUUUCGGAGCUGGGUUUUUCUAUUAACUUUGGGAAGUCAGAGCUAGAACCUGCACGACAACGCAAGUAUCUCGGUUUCGUGUUCGAUUCCGAGGCUCAGUCUGUUGCAAUUCCAGAACAGCGCCAGAUUAAAUUACACUCGAUUUUUGUCCAUAUAAGAUAUGGUCUUCUGUACUCGAAGGCUCUUGAAAGACAGAAGUUCUUAGCCCUUAGAAAAUCAAAUAAUGACUUCAACGCUAAGAUGAGUAUCUCAUCGGAUCUCUCUGAAGAUUUUCGGUGGUGGCGCAUUACUUUGGCCGAUCAGCUCCAAGCAAAUCCCAUUUUAACGGGCCGUUUCGUAUGCGAAAUUUUUUCAGAUGCCUCCCUUACGGGCUGGGGCGCUUCCACAGCCUCGGAUCGGACUCACGGUUGGUGGUCAGUCGAAGAAAAGACUACAUAUCAAUGA